AAAAAGUCUGGAGAUGAGGGAAAGGUGCCCUUUCUGUUUGGGGCAGCUUUUUGGAUGCACACAAGCCAUGACGAACUAAUAUUUCACCAAGGGGCUACUACGUCUUGUCCACGAGGUGGGGAGUCCCAACCCAGAGACUGAAGACAAUGGAUCAUGAACCUGGAAUGGAAGAUUUCGAACCCCAGCGUGAAACACUAGUGGACAUUCAGGGAGUGUCUAUGUUCAGCAGCACUUCUGAAAAAUGGGGUCCCAUAUGGAGUUUUAAAGCCAAACCUGAUGAUCUUCUCAUCUGCACUUACCCCAAAGCAGGGACCACCUGGCUUCAGGAAAUCGUGGACAUGGUUCAGUCAGGAGGGGACUUGCAAAAAUGUGCUCGGGCUCCUAUUUAUAAACGGAUACCCUUUAUAGAGAUUGUUCAUCGUGUCCUCUCAGGCUUGGAAGACGCAGAGGCAAUGCCUUCUCCACGAACGCUCAAAACUCACCUCCCAGUUCAGCUCGUGCCCCCUUCCUUCUGGGAACAGAAUUGUAAGAUAAUUUAUGUGGCCAGGAAUGCCAAGGAUAAUGCAGUCUCCUACUUCCAUUUCCACCGCAUGGACCAAGAGAUGCCAGAGCCUGGAAACUGGAACCAGUUUCUAGAUAACUUCAUUGCUGGGGCGGUCGCUUGGGGUUCUUGGUCUGACCAUGUCAAGGGCUGGUGGGAAGCCAAGGACCGUCACCCGAUUCUAUAUCUCUUUUAUGAAGACAUGAAAGAAGACUUACCCCGGGAAAUCCGAAAGGUGGCCCAAUUCCUGGACAUAGAGCUCCAGGAACCAGUCCUGAACAAGAUUGUGCAUCAUACAACAUUUGACAACAUGAAAGCCAACCCAAUGGCUAAUUACAGCACCAUGCCUUCUUCCAUGAUGGAUCCAGCCGUGUCGACCUUCAUGAGGAAAGGCACUGUGGGAGACUGGAAGGAACAUUUCACAGUUGCUCAAAGUGAACGGCUAGAUGAAGUCUGUGUCCGAGAACUGGGAGGCAGUGGCCCGACCUUCCGCACGGAACUCUAAGCACACCUUUCUCUUCAUCAAGGAAACUUUCACCCAUGCUUGGCUAGAUUAUAGGCAAUGUUCCCUCUAAACUGCAGAGUCUUGUGAGCAAAAAUUCUACUUUGUGAGCUACUGGUAUUAAAGUUGUGAGCUACUGCAUAAAUUAUUGUGCUCUGGGGUCAUCCUUCCUGAGCCAAGACAAAAAUCUGUGGGCUGGAGAUUAAAAAUUUGUGAGCUAGCUCACACUUAGAGGGAACACUGCUGAUAGGUUGGGUCUGCCUUAAAUAAAAUAAGUUCUGAAGCCGCAAGCAAGGGCCGAACACAUCAAAGUUCGUGUGUAGCUUUUUAAAAUAAUCACUAUGUGUUUCCAUUUACCAACUGAUUUUAAUAAAAUAAUGGGACUUGCUUCCUAGUACUCCCAUUUUGAUGUCUGUUCCUGAAAACAUUUUGUAAACCAUAAGCAUGUCUGUCUAAGGAGCUCAGUAGACAUUUGACCCUCCAACUGUCUGUGCCAUCUGUCAUCCUCUAGAAAUGUGCCUCAGCCACCGCAGCAGCAAGCUGUGCUGGAACAGGCAGCAACAGCAUCCACACAAAUCCAUUCCCAGGCUUCAUGCUGCUGCUGGGGCUGUCCCUAGACUGUCUGGCACUCUAGGAAAGGUUAACUUCUGGUGCCCCCUGUCAGACGUGUAACUUGCUGAAAUUGAAAUGUAGAGUAGAAUGCUUGACAUGACUAACGCCAUGAUAUACCCUAGUAUGAACUCUGCUUUACUAACCCUGAAAGUUGUAGCAAAUGCCUUUCCUUCCCCCCCCCCCUUGCACAUUGUAACCGCAAGAGUGAAAUCUCACCUCUAUACAAAAAGUCAGCUGCAGCUUUGAAGUCCACAUCCUCAAGGACUCUUCCUCUGGGAAAGAGAUAACACCCUGGGAAGAGCUGGCUGUCUCUGGGGGUGUGAAAAAGACUGUAUUGUUUCCCGCCUGUAGAAACCUAGAAAAGACUGGCCCCAAUCUUGGGCCAGUAUCAAACUCAAUCUGCCUCCAUACUGUAUGUGUGUUCUCAAUAAAUGGAUUAAUUGUUAAAGCAA